ACCAGCCCCUGAGCCCACAGCACAAGUCUGCUGAGGCCAACCGUGGGUGAUCAUCCUCGGUCCUCCCUCUGGCCACCCAGAAGAGGAGCCUCUGAGGGAAGCAGAAGCCAGAACACAGCUCGCCCACUACUGAGAGUAGCCCGGCGGAUACUUCCAGCCGCCACCCUGGAGGUCUUAGCAUCCAGUGCCCUGCAGUCAUCCCCGGGAGAGAUGCAGAGAGACACAUUGCUGGUGUCACCAUCUACAGCCCCAAAUUCUGCGGUGGCUGUAGACCAAGAUGCCAGCACAUCAGACGACCCAAGCAAGAGUGAGACGGGGCCCUACACCUGUCCCCAAACCGUGCGGAAGCCCAGCAUGUCGAAGGUGAUUCUGAGGGCUGUGGCUGACAAGGGGUUGCACAGACGUGUGUCCCUUGUUGCCUUGAAGAAAGCUGUGAGCACCACAGGCUACAAUAUGGCCCACAACAGCUGGCGCUUCAAGCGUGCGGUCGAGAAUCUAGUGAAGAAAGGCAUGCUCAAGCAGGUAACUGGCAAGGGUGCCUCAGGCUCUUUCCGCCUGGGCAAGAAGCAAGCCUUCAAGUCCAAGCGCAAGGCCAAGAGACGCCAGCGGAGGCAGCGGAGGCAGAAGCCUAGGCAGCGCCGGUCUGGACCACGCCAGUCACUACUAGGCUCUGGAAAGAGCCAUAAAGGGCUUUUCAAGGGAGUUCGUAGGGGGGCCAGAGGCCGCCGCCAUUAAUAAGGCAGGUUAGGCGGGGUACCAGGCUUGCCACAAGCUCAGUGAGAUGGAAAUAAAAGCCCAACUUAUUUCA